CACAAAUUAACAAGAAUUAUAUCAAUUGCUCACUUUAAUUAAUAUGACGUCUUUCAUUUUAUCCAUUAAAAGUUCCAGAGCAUUGGAUAAUUCAAUUACUUGCAUGAGUAAAAACAAAGUAAAUGAAAAUUGAAAUGAAAUCACUUUUUGUAAGUUUUGCCUGUCUUCUCAUUUUACCUUGGUCUAUUCAUGGAGUACUGGGUGAAAUCCUGGAGCAACUUACAUCCACAGUUGGUGACAUUUUACAGCCAGCUUCAGAAAAUAAGGAAUAUGAAACUGAACAAAAUUAUUUGAAGCUAUUUAAAAGAGUUGACGAUGAAGCUUUAACCUGUGGACAGCUAAUUGAAUCUCGCGGAUUCAGAUAUGAGCGCCAUUUCGUCACCACAGAUGAUGGUUACAUCAUACAAUUGUAUCGGAUCAUCAAUCCUUAUGCUAAAGCAGCUUAUGGUAAAAAAUUGAAGCCAGUUCUGUUGGUACAUGGAGUUUUAUUGUCCUGUAGCUGUUGGAUGUUCAAUCAGCCUGAUGGUCACAUUGAGGAAUGGUCUCUGGGUGUUCCACCCAAUGUUACAUCAAGCAGUCUUGCCUUUGUUUUGGCUAAUCUUGAAUUUGAUGUUUGGCUUGGCAAUAACCGAGGGACAUCUUACUCAACUAACCAUACGACACUUAACCCAUCUAAAGAUAGAGAAUUUUGGGAUUUCAGUUUUGCUGACAUGGGUACAUAUGAUUUCCCGGCAAUGAUAAAUUAUGUUACCAAUACUACUGGUUUCGAAAAAAUUGUCUACAUUGGCAUGUCUCAGGGAAAUCUUCAAAUGUUUCUGUCGCUCUCGGAUGAUCCAUCGCUGGCUGAUAAACUGGAUCUUAACAUUGCAAUAGCACCGGUGGGUUCGUAUGAAGUGCCUCCAAUCCUGCUCUAUCAUGCACUUCAAAAUCCAGUGAUUGAAGAACUGACUCGCGUUCAUUUACUUGGCCCUUUUCCGCAUUUUGUGGCUGAAUUUGAUGCCACAUUGUCCGUUCUUUGCUCCAACCCUGCCCUCAAAAAAAUUUGUACUACUAUUUACUUCUUAAUUUUUGGCUACGAUCCGAAGAUGCUAAAUGGAAAACGAUUUCCAGUAAUAACCAGUCUAAUUGAUUCCAUACCAGAGAAAAGUAUAACUCAUUUCGCCCAAGUAAUAUUAGCUAAAGAGUUCCGCAAAUUUGAUUAUGGUUCGAAAAAAAAUUUAGCUACUUACGGCACCGAAAAAGCUCCUGGGUAUAACUUUUCUCGAAUACCAACUCACAAUUUAGUUUUAAUCAGUGGCCUAAAUGAUAACCUAGCGUCUCCAGCUAACGUUGCAAUAUUGAAAAAACGUCUAUCAGGUCCACCCUUGGUAGAUUACGUUGUACCUUAUCCUGAUUGGAAUCAUGUGGACCCAAUUUUUGGAUUGGAAGCUUACAAAUAUUGUCACAGUGUAAUUGUCGACCUACUGCGAAAAUAUGCGAAGGCAUGAACGGAUUGGGUUGGCUAUCAUUACCGUUAAUCUUGGUAAUCGUAAAUAUCUUCAAAUGGUCUGCUUGGUUUUGAUAGCUACAAUUGAUUCGAGUGUGUAUAUAAAACAUAAAUCGACAUAUUCACUGGUUUUCACUUAAAUGGUUUAACCUUUCAAGCAAAGUUCAGAGACUCUCGUGUUACAUUAAUCACUGAUUGUAAUUAUGAGUUGUAUUUUUAUAGAUGAAGCAAUAAUAUUUGCUAAUUAUUAUACAAAAUGUAAGGUUAAACAAAAGGCAACAAAUUAAAGAUUACCAGCUUGCUGCAAAAA